AGAAGAAGAGGAAAGGGGGGAAUCUUAAACAAUUGAUGGGGAGAAAUCCCAGAUGUCGCUGACUACUGCACCUUCUUUUCAAAUCUGGCGGAGGCUCUUCACCGCAGCCUCCCCUCCUAUAACUACUCCUUCAUCCUUGUCACUACGGGUACACAAAUCCUCUCUUCCUAACAGAGCUACUGCUUCUCUCCGUUGCUGCUAUUCUUCAAGUACAAGUACAAGAAGAAUGGGUGAUCCCAUUGCCGAUGAACACAUGGACGCUGUCCAACGCCGUCUCAUGUUUGAUGACGAAUGUAUUCUGGUGGAUGAGAAUGACAGUGUUGUUGGUCAUGACACCAAGUAUAACUGUCAUUUAAUGGAAAAGAUUGAAGCUGAAAAUUUGCUGCAUAGAGCUUUCAGUGUAUUUCUAUUUAACUCAAAAUAUGAAUUGCUUCUUCAGCAACGAUCAGCAGCAAAGGUGACCUUUCCUUUGGUAUGGACCAACACUUGCUGCAGCCAUCCACUCUACCGAGAUUCUGAGCUUAUUGAGGAGAACGCUCUUGGGGUAAGAAAUGCUGCACAAAGGAAGCUUCUUGAUGAAUUGGGUAUUCCAGCUGAAGAUGUCCCAGUCGACCAAUUCACCCCAUUGGGUCGUAUACUUUAUAAAGCUCCAUCUGAUGGGAAGUGGGGAGAGCACGAACUUGAUUAUCUUCUUUUCAUGGUCCGUGAAGUUAACAUGAAACCAAACCCGGAUGAAGUUGCUGAAGUUAAGUACGUGAACAGAGAACAACUGAAAGAGCUUUUGAGGAAAGCAGAUGCUGGUGAGGAAGGUCUGAAGCUAUCCCCUUGGUUCAGACUUAUUGUUGACAACUUCUUGUUCAAGUGGUGGGAUCAUCUUGAGAAGGGAACUCUCAAGGAAGUCAUUGAUAUGAAAACCAUCCACAAAUUGACUUAAAAGGAGCUGCGUUUCAAUCUGGUUGUACAAUCAUAGUUUUGUCCCUUCAAACCAAUAACUUCGGUUGUGAUUUUAUGAAGGCAUCCUUCUGCAUUUAUGUUUGUUGUUUUUGGUAGAAGUUGAAAGGAGGUAUUUUUUCAACUGAGUGCAACUUUUGUGCCAUAGCUGUGCUUUCUAUCGAAACUCAAUAAAAUUAUUACUUGUUUGCUGCA